UUGUAGUCUUGUAGACAUAGGAUUCUUCUUCACUGUCAACUGAUACGAUGGGGGCUGUGAUGUGUGCACCGUGCUGCAUACUGCCGUGUUGUGGAUGCUGUGCAGGAUAUACCAGUCAUAAGGACGACCAACGCCAGGAUUCUCAAAAUGCGAAGAAAAUAGAAAGAGCACAGGCCCACGACGGCCAGAAAGCAGAACAAAGGCAAAUUGCUUUGGAGGAGAGGCGGAAGGGGCGCGAAACAACCACCCAGAGCAUUCGUGACAAGUACAACAUGCCACCCUCGGCCUAGUGUAUAGACACAGCACUGCCACUAUGACCCUAGACCUGUGACUCAAUACACUCUCCUUAUCGUAGCUUUACAACACACUACGCCCCCACAGCCUAGUGCUGCAACCCCGCAUACCACCAACGUCGUAUACGCCUUCAGUUAUAGCUUAUCACACUCAGCCUAUAUUUUACAAGUACAAUUUCCCCCCUCCCUCAAUGUAACUUUAUAAUAAAUAAUAAAGUGUACCAUUUUCAGC